UUUUAUCUGUGACGUGACGUUUGCUGUGCUGUGCUGUGUGCUUCGUGUUGGAUUAUUGAUGAAUUUUACCGAAUUGUCGUUUUAAAUGGCUUAGAACCACGAAUUUGAAUAAAGAAGUGAAAAUGUCCGAUUCAGAAGGCAGUAAUUAUUCGGGAAGUGGAUCGGAUGCAGGGAGCGUUGGAUCUCGGAGGUCAAGACGGAGCGCCGCGUCUAACCGCUCGGCGCGGUCGCGGUCGGUGUCGCGGUCGCGCUCGAGGUCUCGCUCCGGGAGCCGCAGCCCGUCUCGGAGCCCCUCCAGAUCGCGGUCCAGGUCUAAAUCAAAGUCCCGUUCCCAUUCUCGCUCAAGGAGUCGUUCAGCAGGGUCAGAUGCCAGCCGAAACAGAGAUGAUGAGGCAAGGGAGGCUUCCGGCGAUGAAGAUGUAGAGGAUGAACAGGAGCCAGAAGGAGAGGACCUGGUAGACUCGGAGGAGUAUGAUGAGGAUGAAGAUGAAGCACGCCACAGGAAGAAGCGCAAAAAGGACAGCCGCUAUGGAGGCUUUAUUAUUGACGAAGCUGAGGUCGACGAUGAAGUGGAUGAAGAUGAUGAAUGGGAAGAAGGUGCACAGGAAAUGGGCAUCGUUGGUAAUGAGGUUGAUGAAAUCGGACCUACAGCACGAGAAAUUGAAGGUAGAAGACGAGGCACUAACCUUUGGGACUCACAAAAGGAAGAAGAAAUUGAAGAAUACCUUAGAAACAAGUAUGCUGAUGAGUCUGCUGCCCUCAGACACUUUGGAGAAGGUGGUGAGGAGAUGUCUGAUGAAAUCACUCAACAGACUCUCCUUCCUGGAAUCAAAGAUCCCAACUUAUGGAUGGUGAAGUGCCGCAUAGGUGAGGAGAAGGCUACAGUCCUUCUUCUCAUGAGAAAGUUUAUUGCUUACCAGUUUUCUGAAGAGCCCUUCCAGAUAAAGUCUGUAGUGGCCCCUGAGGGUGUCAAGGGAUAUAUUUACAUUGAAGCAUACAAACAGACUCACGUUAAGGCCAUCAUCAACAAUGUUGGUACACUCAGGAUGGGUAUCUGGAAACAAGACAUGGUGCCCAUUAAGGAAAUGACAGAUGUCUUGAGAGUUGUCAAGGAACAGUCAGGUUUGAAGCCAAAGCAGUGGGUGAGGUUGAAGAGAGGCUUGUACAAAGAUGACAUAGCUCAGGUGGACUAUGUAGAUUUAGCCCAAAACCAAGUCCAUUUGAAAUUACUUCCUAGAAUAGAUUAUACAAGACUGAGAGGAGCGUUGAGAACAGUACAGAGCGAGAGUGAAGCAGCGAAGCGGAAGAAGAAACGACGACCCGCCGCUAAGCCAUUUGACCCUGAGGCUAUCAGAGCUAUUGGUGGUGAAGUCACUUCUGAUGGUGAUUUCCUUAUAUUUGAGGGCAACAGAUAUUCAAGGAAAGGUUUCUUGUAUAAAAACUUUACAAUGUCAGCUAUUCUGGCAGAAGGUGUGAAACCAACUUUGACAGAAUUGGAAAGAUUUGAGGAGCAACCAGAAGGGAUCGACAUUGAAUUAGCUGCCCCAGCUAAAGAUGACCCUACUAGCCUUCACUCAUUCUCAAUGGGUGAUAAUGUGGAAGUAUGCUCUGGAGAUUUGGCGAAUCUCCAAGCUAGAAUCAUUGCCAUAGAUGGGUCUAUGAUAACUGUCAUGCCCAAACAUGAUGCUUUAAAAGAUCCUUUAGUCUUCAAACCUAAUGAAUUGAGGAAGUACUUCAAACAAGGUGAUCAUGUAAAGGUUUUGGCUGGUCGAUACGAAGGCGACACUGGAUUAAUAGUCAGAGUUGAACCACACAGAGUUGUUCUGGUAUCUGACUUGACUAUGCACGAGUUGGAAGUACUGCCUAGAGACCUUCAGCUCUGUUCAGAUAUGGCCACGGGUGUAGACUCCUUGGGUCAAUUCCAAUGGGGUGACAUGGUUCAAUUAGAUCCACAAACCGUCGGUGUCAUCGUAAGGUUAGAGAAAGAGAAUUUCCACGUCCUCGGUAUGCAAGGCAAAGUGAUAGAAUGUAAACCUCAGGCCCUGCAAAAAAGACGUGAGAAUCGCUUCACAAUGGCUCUCGAUUCUGAACAGAAUACGAUUCAGAAGAAAGAUAUAGUAAAAGUCAUAGACGGCCCACACGCCGGACGCAACGGUGAAAUCAAACACUUGUACAGAAACUUCGCAUUUUUACAGUCGAGAAUGUAUCUAGAUAACGGUGGCAUAUUUGUCUGCAAGACGCGUCAUUUGCAACUAGCCGGUGGAAAUAAAAAUCCUUCGACAAAUAACAACCUGUCGCUCGGUUUUAUGUCCCCGCGCAUCCAAUCUCCGAUGCACCCGUCGGGGCGCGGCGGCGCCACCCCGCGCGGUGGAGGACGCGGCGCCGGUCGCGGCGGCGCCACGCGCGACCGCGAGCUCAUCGGGAACACCAUCAAGAUCACUGGUGGACCCUACAAGGGCAACGUCGGCAUCGUCAAGGACGCCACCGGAAGCACCGCUCGCGUCGAACUGCACUCGACGUGUCAGACUAUCUCCGUGGAUCGCAGCCAUAUCGCCGGAGUCGGAGCCCCGACGAAGGACGGAUCGACCUCCUUCUACAGCCGUACUCCCGGUCGAACGCCGACUCUCGGGGCCCAGACGCCCACGUACAGGGACACGGGUAUCAAGACUCCGAUGCACGGAUCUCAGACUCCGAUCUACGACAUCGGCAACCGCACCCCCCACUACGGCUCGGCCACGCCGUCCCACGACGGCAGCCGCACGCCGGCGCACGGGGCCUGGGACCCCACCGCCGCCAACACGCCGGCGCGACCGAACGACUUCGAAUACAACCUCGACGAAGGCUCUCCCAGCCCCGGAUACAAUCCUACCACUCCAUAUGGCCAAAGUGGACCGUUCACUCCGCAAACUCCCGGUACUAUGUACGGUUCGGAUCACACUUACAGUCCGUAUCAACCCAGCCCGAGUCCUUCCGGAUAUCCCUCUGGAUACUUGGGUACGCCCAGUCCGGUCGGUUACUCUCCUCGGUCGCCUUAUAAUCCUUCUACUCCAGGCAGCGCGGCCGACACGAUGCCCGCUGCCGAUUGGCACACGACCGAAGUCGAGGUCAGGAUACGAUCCUCGCACGAAGACGACUCCUUGACCGGGCAGAUUGGGGUUAUCAGGAGUAUAUCUGGGGGUAUGUGCGCCGUGUACCUACCGUCGGAAGAUAGAGUCGUAAACGUGAUGGGCGAGGUGCUGGAGCCUGUGGUGCCGCAAAGUAGCGACAAGGUGAAGGUGAUCGCCGGCGAAGACAGGGAAGCCGUGGGCCAGUUGAUAUCCAUUGAGAACCAAGAAGGGGUCGUUAAGUUCGGCACCGACGACAUUAAGAUCAUGCAGCUCCGACAUCUCUGCAAGAUGAGUACUGCUUAGACUAAGGUAGACAUAAUUGACUAGGCUAAGGCAACAUUUAGGACAUUAUCUAAGAUUGACUAUUGAUGAGUUUAAAAUCUUUCUUCUCUUGAUUUGUAUCACUUGGAAAUAUUUUCUUUAUUUGCUUCUCUUCACUUCUUUUUUCAUUCCGACUUUCAUUUCAUACAUCAAACCAAAAUAUACAGUGAGUAUGCGAAUCUAACCAUUAGAUAUAAAACUUAUUAUAUUUUUGAAUGUUAUUCUGAGAAAUAAACACAUGAAUAUUA